GACGCGAUCGACAUCACUCGGAAGGAUGGCAUUGUUGACAAGUACGAAGACUGGAUCCAACUUGCCGGUGCUGCUGCAAGUGGCUUCAACAUCGCCAACGCCUGGAAGUCUAAGGUAGGCGUCUCCUUGGAGAAAGCAAAGCAAUGGGCAGAGGAGACACUGGACGAAGCUGAAGAAAGCGAGGAGGACGACAGCGACAGCGAGACGGAAUCCGAGGAAGAGGACGACCUGACUCCAGAGAACAAGGUCGAGAAGGAUGGCGCCAUUCUCGUCUUCAUCGCUGACGGUGGCAAAAAGAAAGGAAAGGGCUCGGCGUACAUCUUUCUGCGUGGCACCGAACGGCAUCCUCGCUACGCCCUUCCGCCGAGCUGCGUGGCCUUCGAAUGGGGCGACCUGGACGAGGAGGCGCGCCACUUCUGCCGUCGCCGGAAAGAUGGUCAGGACAUGCCAGUGGAUGAGCUGGACGCCCUCCUCGAAAGGCGGAAGGCACAGAGACGAACGGAAGGCUUGGAGAUAUUCGACGAUUGGCUGGUUCGACACAUCGAGUCUUCCAACAUUCCGAUCGAAGUGGUGCUGGAAGCACCGAUACCAGCUGAUGAGGUGGAGCUCCACAUCGAGGAAGGGGUGCCAUCUGCUCCGUUGGCACACCAGAGCCUUCGGCGACUGGAGUUGGAUUCAGAUUCAGAUAGUGAGGACGAGAACGACGGAGGGAGCGAUGCUUACAUUGACCACCUUCGCCGACGGCUGCAGAGCAUCCUUCCUCGAGAACGACUGCACUGCAUGGAUCCGCGUGAGCUCGGCGAGGGCAGCGAAGACCUUGACCUCCGGGAAUCCUUCCGGAGGCUGCGCGUCGAUCCGCUGAUGAAAGAUGCAGAGGAGGAGGAGCUCAGCAAGGCCGCUCCGAAGGCGACGCAAGACUCGACUCGACCUCCGGCGUUGCCGUCCUUCGAGUCCUUCUUCGGCGCUGCCGCCGACCUGCUCUACUACCACCCGGAGGUGAAGGCCGACUAUGCGCCCUUCCUUGCGAGGUGUGUGAAAUCCCCGGAGAAGCUGCGGAGCUUCUUCGAUCGGCUCUUCUUCGGUACCGUACAGGAAGCCUGCGAAGAGCUCCAGCUGGAUGAGCAGACCCGGCCCCUGGCACGCAUUCGAUCCCUGGCCUACGAGGAGUCUCCGGGGGCGACUUUGCAGCGUCGGCCACAUGAGAGACCACCGAUUGCCGUGAAGGCCUUGCCGGUCGACUGCUACUUGAAAGCUGGCGGGUCCAGCCCACCGCGCACGUGGGUCUCCGGGCUGGCCGAGCGAGUCGCUCGAGCAGGGGGCGAGGCCUUCGUCUCGGCAGCUCAAGCUGCUUAUGGCAUCCAGGUGGAGCAGCUACUGGCCGACCCGAAGAAUGCUGACGAAGACGGUGACUACUUCGAGGCUUGGCUCCGAGAAGUGUUCCCAGACAUCUAUGCUGAUGUGGAUUCCAGCGACCCUGCCGAGUUGCGCAAGCUGGACUUUGCCCCGAGCGAGAAGAGGCCAAACAGCAAGAAACACCGGCACAAGCUGAAGGACAUCACCAUCCCGAACUUUGCGGACGCGUUCGCGGAGUUAGAGAGGUUUGACCCAGACGAACGAAUAUCUACUCGUCGGGAGCGGGUGCUUGCAAAGAUCCUGAUCGACGCUUUCCUCUUGUGCAUAGUGGACGUGGCCGCCGUCCUGAGGACAGCUGAGGCCAUCCUCAAGGCGCCAGAGGAGUCCCAGCUCAUCCUGGUGCUCUAUGCAGGAGGAACCCACAUCCAGCAUCAGGUGAAGUUCUGGCAAGCUCAAGGCUUCAGCAGCAAAGCUCUGCCCAACAAAGGAGUACUUGGCCAGGACGACUACGAGGAGUUCGAGCCAAGAGGAUUGGAUGUGCCGGCGUGCCUGAGAGAUUUAGCACAGCUGUUUCCCGCAAUGAUGGAGCACUACCGAUGCUCGUGGAAGCAGGCCCUGGAGAUGUCUGGGCAUGCGGAGUUGGCAAAGGUCAGACGAGAGGCCCAAGAUGCAGUGCAACUGCCUGGCGUACCAUCCUUUGCAGCAAGCGGAUCAGGCAACUGGUCCCCCUGCUCGGGUACACCCGGCAGUGCCGAGGUCCCUUUGGCUUCGGCCACAGGGGGGGGCUCGGUCCCAGCAUCUCCGGCUUCGCGGCUCUGGCGCCUUGCUGAGGCUGGCACUGGUGGUCCGCCGGCCUUCCACAGGGAAGAGACUGCGGAGACGGCCGAAGCAGGAGACGGAGAUGUCAGCCCGUCUGCGGGCUCCGCAGGACAUCUGAGUAGAUCAACAUCGGCUGAGCCGAGGCAUGUGCCACCGCUUCCUCUCAGCUUGGUUGAGGCCCAAGUGGCAAAGCCGGCAGAGGCUUCUGCUGCAAGGCUGCCAAGUGUCGGUAGCGAUGCGAGCAGUCGAAGGCCCUCGCCCUGCUCCCCAACGCGCUCUGUCUUGUCGAGGUUUCGCUCGGCAGAUUCGCCCACGGGGAGGGACUCACAGAAUGCUCUGUGCGACGUGGACCGUGCCUUCUGGUCCCCACAGCCCGACACUCCGAGCCUUUCGAGCCUGCCGAGCACACCGCGCCUACAGACUCGGCAAAUUGGCUUUCAGCAGCUGCAGCAACAGCCAAGGCUUCUGUUGCGGAGCGGCGCUGCAGCUCAUCCUUCCUCAUCUGCGGCACUUCCUGGUGCCAGAGGCCUGCCUCGCCCUUCGGUGGUUUACGGCCUCACGGGCAGCUAUGCUCCGCAGGUCGUGUCUCGGCUUCUUGCAUCCUCGGUGCCUGCCGAGCUGUCCGGGUGCCAGGUGCUUAGUGUGCCUGCGCCGGUGCCGGCAGAGAACGAGCUCAUGCGAGCCUGCGAGCAGUCGCUGGCAGAAGCCGAGAGGUCUAAUGACUGGAGGAAACAGGAGCUGGCUGUGACUCUUCGGCACCUGAGGUCACAGCUGCUUGACAUCAAUGCUUCGACCCUGUUUGACCUCAACGUGCCAUGGCUUUGCUGCCUAGCGGCCCCAGCAGCCCAAGCGCGUGCACUGCUUACGCAGCGGCUGUACGCCCCCCGAGCAUCAGUGACGCCUGCGCCGCGUUCCAGGGCUCCGGACAGCUGGCAGCAAGGUCUCUGUGUGGCGGCGAUGGGCGUUGGGUACUGGACCGCGAGAGACUCCAAGAGGCCGGGGAACGCAAAGACGGCCAAGAAGGCCAAGGGCGGCUGGCCAGGAUCCUUCGUCGUGGCGGGCGACGCUCCGGAGCUGCUCAGGAAGGUUCAGUGGCCUGCAGAGUGGCCUUACACGGAGGCGGACUUCGCCCGUCAAGAUGAGUCGUCGGACAACGGGUUCUACUCGCAGCCCAGGAUUUGUACACAUGUUGAUGACAAUUUCAUCGCAACACUGACGAAGCAUUAUGGGGAAGUCUUUCCUUUAUUUCCAAAUGCACGAAUUCUUGAUAUUUGCUCUAGCUGGAUUAGCCAUUAUCCGACGGAGAAGACAUGGUCACAUGUGUCCAUCACUGGUAUGAAUGAGUAUGAGCUGGCUCAGAACAAGCAGGCGGACGACUACACAGUCCGGGACCUGAACGACAAUCCCAAGCUGCCUUACGAUGACUCGAGUUUCGACAUUGUCACCUGCACGGUGUCCUUCGAUUAUCUGAACAAGCCCCUUGAGGUGAUGAAGGAGGUGGGUCGAGUCCUGAAGCCGGGUGGAAUGGUCAUCCUCUCCACCAGCAACCGAUGUUUCCCCACCAAGGCAGUGAAUAUCUGGCUGCAAACUGGUGAUUUGGAGCAUGUGCUCAUCUACGGUAGCUACAU